CAGAACAGCGUGUAAAUUAGAGAAUUAUGUUUAUAGAACUAUACCGCACAUUCUACCAAUAAUGGGAAGGGUACUCGCAUGUCGGCUUCGCAGUGCUCGAUGAAGAUCUCUUUUAUGCUUUGAUUGCAAAUCAACAAAAUUCACGUAUGCAUGACAAUCUUUUUGGCGAGCGAUAAAGAGCGGACCAACAGAGACCAGCAAUACUGAGAGGCAAUACCCGAACUACUUGACUGGCAAAUCGGCAGAGAAGGCGUCUGUCGCAGUUGCCGUUUGAAUUGCGAGCCGUCUGGUUACGACACGCGGCUGUAUUUUUAAUAGAACUGGCGACAUGUGCCCCAACACGUUCAUUUAAGAGUUCAUAGACAGUUCCGUGCGUAGAGUCCGAAAUGGUUGAGAAGUGGCUGAAGGUGUCGCUGCUCUUGUGCACAUUUGGAUUCUUUCGGGAGUUGCGACCCUCCGAGCCAUUUGUUACCGAAUACCUGUCCGGGGACUAUCGCAACAUCACCUCAGACCAGAUUAACAAGGAGGUCUAUCCCUUCGGCACGUACUCCGUCCUCGCGCAACUGGUAAUUGUCUUUCUGGUCACGGACUUGUUGCGCUACAAGCCGAUAAUCGUGCUCUCCGCCAUCGCGGGCAUUAUCCUGUUCGCCAUUCUGUUAUGGACGCGUUCUGUGCUGGAGCUGCAAAUUGGACAGAUCUUCUUCGGCACCUUUAUGGCCGCCGAGGUCGCCUACUACACCUAUAUAUACACCAAAGUAAAUCGUGAUCGGUACCAGAUCGUGACGGGACAUACGCGAGCGGCGAUCUUAACUGGCAAGUUUCUAGGCGGCGUGUUGGCCCAAACUCUCAUCUCCCUUGACGCCAUGGACUUCCGGGGCCUGCACUUCAUAUCGUUUGGCACGCAAAUUAUUUCAUUGCCCAUCUCCCUGAUGCUACCAAAGGUGCCGCGCAGCCUCUAUUUCUAUGCAAGCUCCGAAAACAAGGAACAAGGCCAGAACACGAUGCAGAUUGCUGACGCCCCCCCAACACCCACUGCGGACCCGCCUAAAUUUUCCCUCACAAAUGCUGGCCGUCUACUCUGCUCCCAUUUCAUCUCCUCCUACACCAAUCCCAUUGUUGUGCAAUGGAGCGUCUGGUGGGCUCUGGCCACCUGUGGCCAGCUCCAAGUCAUUUCUUACAUUCAGUUCCUGUGGAAGGAGGUCGCUCCCAACAAUUUCAGUGUCUACAAUGGCGGAGUCGAGGCCGUGGCCACGUUGUUGGGUGCUCUGGGCGCCAUUUCGGCCGGAAUGCUGAACAGCAACAAGCGCCGCACCCGCUAUAUGCUCUUUAACUCCACUUGCAUGGCUGUGUUGGGUGUCCUGCUGCUAGUCUCGUCCAGGACCGACGAGGUUUGGCUGACAUACAUAAGUUACGCCGUCUUCUCGGGCAUAUUCUUCUUCAUCAUUACGGUGGCUGGAGCCAUUGUGGCCGAAAAUGUCGUUGAUGACAGCUUUGGCUUAGUCUUUGGAAUCAAUACACUGGCGGCUCUAAUACUUCAGACGAUCCUAACAAUAGUGGUCGUGACGGAUAACGGCUUUGGCAUGAAUCCACGCGACCAAUAUCUGACCUACGGCUUUUACUUUCUCAGCAUAGCAGCUGUGUUUUUCCUCGUACAAUUGUUAAUUAAAUUAUUUAAAAAGUCGUAAGAGGCCAUUAUUAGUAGAAUAAAAUGUAAAUUAUUGUAGAUUUUUUGUUAUUUUAGGUGAAAGUAUAAAAGCAACGGCCUUAAGCUCUUACAAUCCGUUUCAAUCGAA